CAUAGAUUACUUUCUUUAGAAUAUGUGAUUAUAAGGACUCAUACUUCACUCCCCAAAUUCGAAUAACUCACCAUUGCUAAGCUACUUGAGAAGAAACAGUACCAUUAGAGACAAUGGUAAAGUAGUGUGGAAAAAGUAAAAUCAGAGGAAUAGUUUUUGAAUCCUAGUCAUUUGAAAGUAGACACUUGGAAACUAACAAGGAGUUUCUUCUUGCUUCUUACCAUACUCCUGUUUUAUAAGAAUAAUCAGUCUCUUUGCUUACAUAUCAAUUAUUUGGGGGGUAAGGUGACAAUGAUAAUAUAGAAGGAAGUGAAACACAGUAUACAACUAAAAGCUAUGAUAUUUGUAACAUUUUUAAGUUAGAAAAAAAGAAAAUAGAGUGGAGUAGUAACAAUACAUAUCAAGCUGAUAUUUCAAGAAUUUUCCUAUUAUACUUUCUGCUGCACCACCACUACUUUCAUUUGUGUCAUUUUCUACAUAUUUUUAUUUGGUCUUCAAUUUUGCUAAGUAACACAGGGAAGAUGUUAUUAUAGCCAUUUUUAUGAAAAUGGAAAUGAAAAGCACUACGAUGCCCAAUGUCUUCAGCAAGUUACCUCUGCUCUUUGAGGAGUAAAAAUGACUUGAUUUAGAUGGAUAAAGCUCAGGUUCAAAUAAAAUCACAGCCAGACCAAAGAUAGAGUGAAUAUUUAAAAUGUUAAAUCCUUGUAAAAUGAGAAAAAUGAGUAUCUAUAUCAGGACACAGUAGAAUUUUCUUCUAACCCACUCCUUACUUGGAGCUGAUGUAGUAACCACUACUGCAGUUCUGCAGCCCAGACGCGGGGUGCCGCUGUUGGCUAGUACUGAGCGAAGUAUCAGCUUCUCCUGGCGCAAAGGAAUCGCCAGCCCACCGCGGAACCGCGAGAAUUGGACACUCUGCCUCUGGCUCUGUGACGCUAAGAUAUUUGUUAGAACCCGCCUGCCAAGACAAUCAGGAGUUGCUCCUGCUCGGAGAAUUCUUGGAUAAUUUAGCGACCAUAGCUCUUCAGAGUCAGAAAGGCAAAGGCGCUGAAAGCGGGAUGAGCGAUCACUUGGGAUUGAAGGGCCCGGCUGGGCGGAGACAAAUGCUGUUUCUCUCUUUGCUGUCUUUGUUCUGCCCGGUGAUCUCGGAGCAGAUCCUCUAUACUAUUCCGGAGGAGCUGGCCAGGGGCUCGCUUGUGGGAAACCUCGCCAAGGAUCUGGGGAUUGGCGUUGGAGAUUUGCCUGCUCGAAACCUGCGUGUUAGUGCACAGAAGAAACUGUUUACAGUGAGUACUGAGAAUGGGGACUUACUUGUUAGUGACCGUAUAGACCGAGAGCAGAUUUGUGGCGAGAAGUCGACAUGUGUUCUAGAAUUCGAAUUGGUGGCCGAAAAGCCUUUGAACUUCUUUCAUGUAAGUGUGGUAAUUCAGGAUGUCAAUGACAAUCCACCAACCUUUAGCCAAAAUAUCACUGAAUUGGAAAUCAGUGCUGCCAUAACCGGAGCCUCCUUUGCCCUGGAACCCGCGCAAGAUUCAGAUGUAGGUGUCAAUUCCCUGCAGCAGUACUACCUCAGUCCCAACCCACACUUCUCUUUGAUCCAGAAGGAGAACCCAGAUGGCAGUAGGUACCCAGAACUGGUAGUGAAGACUCCCCUGGACAGGGAGAGCUCACGCCACCACCUGGUCCUCACGGCUGUGGAUGGGGGUGACCCAGCCAGAAGCUGCACUACCCAGAUCAUGGUGGUUGUGGCAGAUGCAAAUGAUAAUGCACCAGUGUUCACCCAGGACAUUUACAGGGUCAGUGUUCCAGAGAACCUGCCUGUGGGCUCCUCUGUACUAAGAGUGAUGGCCACUGACUUGGAUGAAGGGGUCAAUGCUGUGAUCACCUACACUUUCAUCAACAUUGGUAGGGCAGUGAGACAGCUGUUCAAACUGGACAGUACAACAGGGGAACUCACCACUGGCGGAGGACUGGACUUUGAAGAGAGAGCGAGCUACACAAUUGGGGUGGAAGCAAAGGAUGGUGGACAUCACACAGCACACUGUAAAGUACAAAUAGAUAUUUUGGAUGAAAACGACAAUACACCAGAGAUAACCCUGGAUUCUGAAUCUAAACAUAUUCUAGAAGAUGUUGAGUUGGGGACUGUUGUUGCCCUGAUCAAAACCUAUGACCUCGAUUCUGGAUUUAAUGGGGAAGUUUUCUGCCAACUAAAAGGAAAGUUCCCAUUUAAAAUAGUUCAAGAUACAAAAAACACAUACAAGUUGGUCACAGAUGGAGCCCUAGAUCGAGAGCAGACUCCGGAAUACAACAUUACCAUCACAGUCACCGACAGGGGAAGGCCAGCCCCUCCUCCAACAGAAGUGUCAUCUUGAACAUUGCUGAUCAAUGACAACGCGCCGGUUUUCCCACAGCCUUCUUACGUGGUCCACGUGGUUGAGAACAAUCCUCCUGGAGCCUCUAUCGCCCAAGUCAGCGCCUCCGACCCCGACCUGGGACCCAACGGCCACGUCUCCUACUCCAUCGUGGCCAGCGACCUGGAGCCGCGGGCGCUGGCGUCCUACGUGUCCGUGAGCGCGCAGAGCGGCGUGGUGUUCGCGCAGCGCGCCUUCGACCACGAGCAGCUGCGCGCCUUCGAGCUGACGGUGCAGGCCCGCGACCAGGGCUCGCCCGCGCUCAGCGCCAACGUGAGCUUGCGCGUGUUGGUGGGCGACCGCAACGACAACGCGCCUAGGGUGCUGUACCCGGCGCUGGGGCCCGACGGCUCGGCGCUCUUCGACACGGUGCCGCGCGCCGCGCAGCCCGGCUACCUGGUCACCAAGGUGGUGGCGGUGGACGCCGACUCGGGACACAAUGCGUGGCUGUCGUACCACGUGCUGCAGGCCAGCGAGCCCGGACUCUUCAGCCUGGGGCUGCGCACGGGCGAGGUGCGCACUGCGCGUGCUUUGGGCGACAGGGACGCGGCCCGCCAGCGCCUGCUGGUUGCCGUGCGGGAUGGAGGACAGCCGCCCCUUUCCGCAACUGUCACGUUGCUCCUGGUUUUCGCAGACAGCCUACAAGAGGCGCUGCCGGAUGUCAGCGACCGUCCGGAGCCCUCUGACCCCCAGGCUGAGCUGCAGUUUUACCUGGUGGUGGCCUUGGCCUUGAUCUCAGUGCUGUUUCUCCUAGCAGUGAUUCUAGCGGUUGCGCUGAGCCUGCGACGCUCCUCCCGCCCUUCCUCCUGGAGCUGCUUUAAGACUGAUGUCUGCUCCAAGACUGGAUCUGGGGUUAUUCCCAACUUUAGCGAAGGGACUUUGCCUUAUUCUAACACUGCCUCACAUUCCUCAGAGACUGAGUUUAAAUUUCUCAGUAUAAAGCCUGAAAAUGGUCCAUCACAAGAUCUUCUAUGUAAUGAAGCCUCUUGGUUUGAAAGUGCCAAUAAUGAUAAUCGCAAAAUGACUUCUAAUUCAGUCAAUUUGCAACAGGUGAGUUACGUCAAAACCUUUUAUUUCUAUAAGUAUAAUUAGGUUAUAGAUAAAAAGUAUACAGGCUAACUAUACCCUGAUUUUAUUGUGUUUUAUUGAUUUUUCUGGGCAUCGUUUGUGUGUGAGGGGUGUUAGAAUUUUUUUGUUCAUUUAUCUGUGUUGCAGUCUUUCAUAUAAAGGGGCCUUGUGAUGUCUUGAAAUUUUUGUUAAAUCUAAAACCACAUAUCAUGAAACAUUUUUGAUAUAUUAGCAUCACCCUGUCAUUGGGAAACCUUAUAUAAUUAAACACAAAUGUAGGCACUUAAGUGGUUUACUUAGUUUCAAUGCAGUCAGUCCUAAAUUAUGUUUUGUAUAUAUUAAUACAAGUUUUCUCAUUGUAGACAAUAUAUUUUCACUUCCUUUUUAUGUUUUUAUUUUAUUUUUACAGUUUUUUUAAUUCAUUUAAGUAAUCCCUACACCCAACAUGGGGCUCAAAUUCAUGACAUGGAUAUCAAGAGUCACAGGCUACUCUAAUUGAGCCAGCCAACUGCCCCCCUUUUCAUGA